UAAUUAAUAUGAUCUAUUAGUCAUUUCAUUUUGCUGACUGAUUCCUUGUUCCAGAUGCGAUAAAACUGCUACAGUUUGUUAGUUAGAUAUUAUAGGUUCAUUUAUUAAGGAUUAGGCUGUGUUUUUUUGCAUUAGUUUUUACCCAAAACAAUUUGUGAUUCUUAAGCUGCAUAAAUUAUUUGGAUCAUGAUUCAUUUUGUGCUUCUUAUAAGUCAACAAGGAAAAGUGAGAUUGGCAAAAUGGUAUUCACCUUAUUCCCAAAAGGAAAGAAGUAAGGUUAUAAGGGAGCUCAGUGGAAUGAUUCUUAAUCGAGGGCCGAAGCUUUGUAAAUUUGUCGAAUGGAGAGGGUACAAAGUAGUUUAUCGAAGAUAUGCAGGAUUAUAUUUUUGCAUGUGCAUUAACCAUGAGGAUAAUGAGCUAGAGAUUCUCGAUAUAAUUCACCAUUUUGUCGUCAUAUUGGAUCGCUAUUUUGGAAAUGUAUGCGAGUUGGAUUUGAUUUUCAACUUUCACAAGGCAUACUAUAUUUUGGAUGAAAUUCUAAUUGCGGGAGAACUUCAAGAAUCAAACAAAAAAACAGUUGAACGGUUGAUCGAUGCACAAGAUUUAUUGGUAGAGACUGCGAAAGAAGAGGCUAAUUCAAUAAGCAAAUUAAUAGCACAAGCUACUAACUAAUACAUGAAAACGAUGUGGAUGCAAUAGAAAUGACUUAACAUCAGAGUUUAUCUUUCUAAAAAUUAAUUCAAGAUUUUUCUUCGAUUUGCAAUCAUUUAUUUAAUUUUCUUUUCGUAAUGUAGGACUUAUAAAACUGUAUAAUAUAAUAAACAUCAAUAUCUCAAUUUGAUUGGGAAUCGAGUUGUCUUUUCGAAAGAUC